AUGAUUUUCUCAAUUCCAGAGAAAAAAGGAAAAGUGAAGAUUGAGAAGAGCGGUGAUGGAAAAGAUUACGAGUAUUGGACCUUGAUGGAUUCCGUUCUUUUUUGUUAUACAGUCAUUACCACAAUCGGUUACGGUAAUGUCGCUCCACGUACCUUCAAUGGUCGAAUAUUCGUGAUACUCUACGGGCUGAUCGGAGUGCCGUUCACUAUGUUAGCGAUUGCCAAUCUCGGCAAAUUCCUGGCCACUGUACUCAAAACAUGGACACGACCAUUCGUCAAAUGCGCCAGGUAUGAUUAG